UAGAAAUUACUCACGAUCACUUGUCGCUACUUGUCGUGCUGAUCGGAUCAGAGACCGCAUAGAUCUCGUUCCAGUGUUUCUAACCUUAAAAUCUUAACAUGGGUGAUACCGAGGAUCCGGGAGACCGGAAUGACGGUGACAAUCAAAAGAAUGACAAGAUGUUUACCCUGAAGAAAUGGAACGCCGUCGCCAUGUGGAGCUGGGACGUGGAAUGUGACACUUGUGCCAUUUGUAGAGUUCAGGUUAUGGAUGCCUGCCUGCGAUGCCAAGCGGAAAAAAAGGAAGUUUACGGCCGACAGGAUUGCGUGGUCGUUUGGGGCGAGUGCAAUCAUUCGUUUCAUUACUGCUGUAUGUCGCUUUGGGUUAAACAGAACAAUCGUUGUCCAUUGUGUCAGCAAGAGUGGUCCAUUCAACGAAUGGGAAAAUAAUCUUUACGUGACUGCAGCCUCUAAUCUUUUGUUGCGACUGUUCAAUCACAUUAAUCAUAACGGAUUCGAAAG